AUGACCGCAAGUGACGCUGCGAAAUGCAAGGGCGUAGAGUGCACGAAUCCCGCCGGCACACUACAAUGCCCAACAUGUCUGAAACUGGGUAUCAAGAACAGUUUUUUCUGUUCGCAAGAUUGUUUCAAGAAGAGUUGGUCCAACCAUAAACAAGUCCAUAAGACUGCAAGUGAGCAAGAAAAUUCCAUCCUCCGUACACUUAGAGACCUUCAAAAACCAACACCUUACCGUUCGAACCCAGCUACCGGAACCUACGAUCCCUUCCCAACUUAUCCAUACUCUGGCCCGUUACGUCCCGUGUACCCAUUGUCCCCGUACCGCUCCGUCCCAGAUCACAUUCCGAAACCAGAUUACGCCGGAGAUGGAAUCCCUAGAUCGGAAGGAAUAUUUCAGCGGGCCAAUAAGAUCCAAAUCCUAGACGAGAAGGGUAUCGCAGCAAUGAAGGAGGUUUGUAAGCUAGGGAGAGAGAUCUUGGAUAUUGCAGCAGCUGCAGUGAGAAUAGGAAUUACAACAGACGAGAUUGACGAGAUCGUGCACAAGGCGACGAUCGAGAGGAAUGCCUACCCAUCACCUUUAAACUACAACAACUUCCCAAAAUCGGUAUGCACAUCGGUAAACGAGUCGAUUUGUCACGGUAUCCCGGAUCAAAGACCCUUGGAGGAUGGUGACAUCAUCAACAUCGAUAUUUCGGCCUACCACAAUGGCUAUCAUGCCGAUUUGAACGAAACAUACUACGUUGGAGAUAAGGCCAAAGCAGAUCCCGACACUGUUAGGGUUGUAGAGACCAGUCGAGAAUGUUUGGACAAGGCUAUUGAAAUUGUCAAGCCUGGUAUGCUCUUCCGCGAACCCGGAAACGUUAUCGAAAAGCACGCAAAAUCUCGAGGCUGUUCCGUUGUAAAAACCUACUGCGGACACGGCGUAAAUACUCUUUUCCACUGCGCACCGAAUGUUCCCCAUUACGCCAAAAACAAGGCUGUCGGCGCUGCAAAGGCUGGGAUGUGCUUUACAAUUGAACCAAUGAUCAACUUGGGUACGUGGAGAGAUAAGACGUGGCCAGAUAACUGGACAAGCACAACGGCAGAUGGAUUGAAAUCUGCACAGUUUGAGCAUUGUUUGUUGGUCACGGAGACCGGCUGCGAAGUUCUGACAGCGAGAAAACCGGACUCGCCUGGUGGGCCAAUACCGAUGCCAACUGCAAACGGGGAUUCUUCAAGUGGGACAACUGAAAAUCAAUAA